AUGACCGCCUCAAUUCCGACAUCACCAUCCGCCGAGGAGGUUUCGGCUUUUCCCGAGAAAAGGGUUUGGCACCGGAGCACCCUUUUCAAUGCCUUCAUUAUCGGAGGUGUUGGAUUCCUGGCUCCAGGACUGUGGAAUGCAAUGAACUCUCUGGGAGCAGGUGGUGCCGAGUCACCGUACCUGAUCAACGCGGCCAAUGCCUUGGUUUUCGGACUGAUGGGAUUUUUGUGCGUCUUUGGUGGUCCCAUUGCCAACCGUAUUGGUAUGAAUUGGACAUUGUUGUUGGGUGCGGCUGGCUACCCAGUUUACUCGGCUGCAUUGUAUACGAACAAUCGCUAUGGCAAUGAAUGGUUUGUGCUGCUUGGAGCAGUGGCAUGUGGAGUAUCAGCCGGCCUUUUCUGGGCAUCUGAGGGUGCAGUCGCACUUGGUUAUCCGGAGCCAGCAAAGAGGGGCCAGUAUAUGAACAUCUGGCUUUGGUUCCGGACAGGUGGACCUUUGCUCGGAAGUGCUAUUGUCCUUGGAUUGAACCACUCUGCUGCUGCCAAGAAGAAGGGCAAGGUCGGAUCCGAGACAUAUCUCAUUUUCGUCGCAUUGCAAUGCUUGGCUGUCCCGUUGGCAUACUUCCUGACCCGUCCGGAGAAGGUUCAACGCGGCGAUGGAAGCAAGGUCAAAGUCAUUGCGCAGGAUUCGUGGCGAGCUGAAUUCGUGGAGCUUUGGCGAGUUUCUGCUCGUAAGGAGAUUCUGCUAUUGCUGCCCAUCUUCUGGGCGGCUUACUUCAAUCAGUACACCGGGAACUUUGAAACAUACUACUUCGGAGUUCGUGCCCGAGCUCUCAUUGGCCUUGUCGCUUAUCUCGCUGCCCUUCUCUCGUCUUGGCUUGUCAGUCGCUUCCUGGACUACAAAGGACUGAGCGUCAAACUUCGCAUAACCUACAGUUUCUUCUACGUCGUUGCUCUCCACAUUCUCGCCUGGGUCUAUGGCUGGGUGGUUCAGGAGCAGUAUACGGCUAACCCUCCGUCCUACGACUGGUCUGACAAAGGCUUUGUCAAGGGAAUGUUUGUGAUCAUUCUAUGGCAAUUCUCCCAACAAGCUCUGCAAAAUUGGCUCUACUAUUUCCUUUCAACUAUGACCGACAAUAUCUCUGAGCUUUCACGUUUGUCGGGAGUCCUGCGUGGACAGGAAAGCUUCGCCCAAGCAGUUUCAUAUGGCCUCAACACUCGCGAGUGGUAUGGCGGCAGAGUCCCUUUGGCGGUUAACACAAUUCUGCUUGGUCUCGCCGUGCUGCCUACGUGGAUCGUUGUGAAGAACCAUUCCCCUAUUGAGCAUGCCAAGAGCGAGGACACCUGGAACUCGUCUCAGGAUGAAGAGCAGGCCCUUCCUCAGGAAAAUGAUCGCGAUAUUGAGAAGGCCAAUAUCGCUAUUGAUGCAAACGAGGUCACCAAAUAA